AUGAAUCGGCAGAGCACGCUGAUUCACCAGCGGCUGGAGGCUGUCGAGGACCUCACCCAGCUCCAAGGGCUGUCGGACGAGACGAUCGUCAGCUGCUUACGGGAACGCUUUCUCUCCGACACGAUCUACACAAGGAUAGGAUCCAGCGCGCUCGUGGCCGUGAACCCGAACAAAUAUGUGCCCAGCAAUGCCGACAGCGUCAUGCACAAGUACGCGGGCGAGUACCGCUCCGCCCAGCCAGACAAGGCCCAACAACCGCCGCAUAUCUUCCAGCUCGCGAACAAUGCAUACUACCAUAUGCGGAGGACGACACAGGACCAGUCUAUACUGCUAGCCGGCGAGACUGGGAGUGGAAAGAGUGAGAACCGGCGUUUGGCGAUCAAAGCGAUCCUCGAGCUCAGUGUACCGACCGCCGGCAAGAAGGGCUCUAAGCUGGCACACCAGGUGCCUGCUGCCGAAUUUGUGCUCGAGUCGUUCGGCAAUGCCCGCACGCUCUUCAACUCGAAUGCUUCCCGAUUCGGAAAGUACACAGAGCUCCAGUUCUCGGACAAGGGUCGCUUGUCCGGCGUCAAGACGCUCGAUUACUACCUCGAACGCAACCGCGUCUCUGGUGCUCCUUCUGGCGAGCGCAACUUCCAUAUCUUCUACUAUCUCGUCGCAGGAGCUACGCAAGAGGAGAGGCAGCACAUGCACUUGACCGACAAGGCUACGUUCCGGUACCUCGGCGGCCGAGGCGUGCCCGCUGCUCGUCAAAACGUCCGCGACGAUGACGCACAGCGUUUCGAGCAUCUCAAGCUUGCUCUCAAGAACGUCGGCUUCUCUAAACGUCAUGUGGCCCAGACCUGUCAGCUCAUCGCCGCCAUUCUCCACCUCGGCAAUCUCGACUUCACCGUCGAUCGUUCCCGCGACGUUGAUGCCGCCGUCGUGCGCAAUACGGAUGUACUCAAUCUCGUCGCCGAGUUCUUGGGUGUGCUUCCCAACGCUCUCGAGACUGCGCUCAGCUAUAAGACCAAGCUCGUUAAGAAGGAGCUUUGCACCGUCUUCCUCGAUCCCGAUGGUGCAGCGGACAACCGUGAUGACCUUGCCAAGACGCUCUACUCCCUGCUCUUCGCGUGGCUCAACGAGCACAUCAACGAACGUCUCUGCCGCGACGACUUCGUGACCUUCAUCGGCCUCUUCGACCUUCCCGGCCCGCAGAACUUGACCAGCCGGCCCAACUCGCUCGACCAGUUCUGCGUCAACUUCGCCAACGAGCGUCUCAUCCACUUCGUCCAGCGCAAGACGUUCGAGGCACAUGUCGCCGAGUACUCUCAGGAGGGUAUCUCCCGCUUCGUCCCACAGAUCCCGUACUUCGACAACUCUGAGUGCAUUCGUUUGCUCCAGAACCAGCCCGGCGGUCUCAUCCAUAUCAUGGACGACCAGGCGCGUCGCGCACCGCGCAAGACGGACCACACGAUGGCCGAGGCUUUCGCCAAGCGCUGGGGCAACCAUGGUUCUUUCCGCACGGGUUCGAUGGACCGCUCCGGCUUCCCGACGUUCACGGUCAACCACUAUAACGGACCGGUGACAUACAGCACCGACGGUUUCCUCGCGAAGAAUCUCGACGCGCUCAACCCCGACUUCGUCAGCCUGUUGAGAGGUCGCGAUGGAGAGGCUACGGGCAGCGAGGGCACGGGCAGUAUCAACCCCUUCGUUCGUGGGUUGUUCAGCGCCAAGGCUAUCGCGACUCAGGUUCACCCGCGCCACGACGAGACGAUCGUCAGCGCUUCGCAGCCCGUCAAGCCCAUGCGUACACCGUCGACCCGUCGCAAGAACACGAUCAAGCGGGGCACUUCUAAUACGCUUGGCGCUAUUGACGAGAAGAAUGCCGGUGCCGAUGAGGACGACGAUGGCGGAGACGGGAAGAAGAACGGCGGGCAGCCUUGCGUCGCUGGCGAGUUUAGGCAGGCGCUCGAUACACUAUUCGAGACGCUCGACGAGACGCAGUCAUGGUUCGUCUUCUGCAUCGCGCCCAACGACUCUCAACUGCCGAACCAGCUUGAGGGCCGCGCGGUCAAGGGCCAGGUGCGGGCGCUCGGCUUGCCGGAGUUUGCGAGGAGGAGCGCGAAUGUGUUUGAAGUUGGCAUGACGCCGAGGGAGUUCUGUGAUCGGUAUAGGGAGCAGAUUGCUCAGGCGGGCGUUGUCGAAGGCGAUACCAGGGAACAGGUCGAGCAGACGAGGACAGCAUUGCAGCUGGGUGAGGGGGAUGUUGUGUUGGGACAGUACAAGGUCUUCCUAUCUCAACGUGCAUUCCACACCCUCGAGGACUUCCUUCGUGCCCGUGAUACCGAGGAACAGCGCCGCAACCGCAUGCGGGAAGCAGAGCUUGAAGGCGGACUCGGAAAUAGCGACCCCUACGCGCCCUAUGCGGACCCCGAGGCACCUGCGAAUGAGCCAUACACACCGCACAGCGCGGACCCGUACGGCAGUGGCUUCAAUGCCUCUUCGAGCCAGGCUUUGCCGCUCAUGGACCACGCAUCGCCGUUCCAGCGCGCGGAUAUGUAUGGCGAGUACGACGCGCGGGGCAGCGCAGACGAUUUUGAUGCGCGCAGCCGGCUCACGAGUGCGCGUGAUGGCGAUGAAACAAUGUCCAUCGCCACGGAAAGUUACGCGCCCAGCCGAAACAUGUUCAACGCUACCAACGGCGCUGCCGGUGGUGUGGAUAAGAACGCGCUGCUCGAGCGUGAAGCAUUACCCGGCGAGGUGCACGAAGGCGAGACGGCCGAGGUGCUCCGCGAGUCCUCAGCUCGCAGGCGCUGGGUUGCGCUUUGCUGGCUGCUGACAUGGUGGGUGCCCACGCCAUUCCUGCGCUGGUUUGGGCGCAUGAAACGUAUCGACAUUCAACAAGCCUGGCGCGAGAAGCUGGCGAUCAACCUGCUCAUCUGGUUCUCGUGUGGUUGCGCGAUCUUCGUUAUUGCUGGCUUGACCCUGCUCAUUUGUCCCACGGAACACGUUUACUCGACGGGCGAAUUGAGCAGCCAUGGGUACAAUAACGGGAAGGCGGACGCGUUCGUGGCUAUCCGCGGCGAGGUGUUCGAUCUGACACAGGUCGCUCAGACGCAUUUGCGUAUUGUACCUGUUGUCAGCACCAAGUCGAUCCUGCAGACGUAUGCAGGAACGGACGCGACGGACCUCUUCCCGGUCCAGGUCUCGGCGCUCUGCAACGGUGUCAGCGGCACAGUGUCACCAUUCGUGUAUCUCAGCUUCAAGAACGACUCGUCGGACGCCAACACGCAGUACCACGAUUUCCGCGUCCAAAGCAACGAUUCGCGUCCCGAUUGGUACUUCGAGAGCAUGACGGUCAUGCGUUGGAAUAAUCGCGUUGGAUUCAUGGGCUACACUCCAGACGAGAUCAAGAACAUGGCGAAUAGCGGGAAGAGUGUUGGCGUGUACAACGGCAUUCUCUACGACCUGAGCGACUACAUUGCCGUUGGACCCGCACUCGGCGCGCCACCCGGGCAGAGCGUACCGAGUGAUCUUGGAGGCGACCGUGACUUCAUGGAUAGCUCGCUAUUGGACGUGUUCAAGUACAACUCGGGCAAGGACGUCACGAAGGACAUCGAUAAGCUCAACCUCAACUCAGACGUUCUGCAACGCCAGCGCGUCUGUCUCCGCAACCUCUUCGCGAUCGGCAAGGUCGACAACCGUCGUAGUGCGCAGUGCCUGUUCUCUGCGUACUUCCUUCUGGCGCUCUCGAUCAUGAUGGUCAGCAUCAUCCUGUUCAAGUUCCUCGCGUCCAUCAACUUCGGAGCUGCGCGUGCGCCGGAGGAUCACGAUAAGUUCGUCGUUUGCCAGGUGCCGUGUUACACGGAGGGCGACUCUUCAUUGCGCAAGACGAUCGACUCCCUCGCAGAGCUCAAGUACGACGACAAACGCAAGCUCAUCGUCGUCAUCUGCGACGGUAUGAUUGUUGGAUCCGGUAACGACAAGCCCACGCCCCGUAUCGUGCUCGACAUCCUCGGCGCCGACCCCUCGCAGGACCCCGAACCGCUCUCGUUUGGCAGUCUCGGCGAGGGUGCGAAGCAGCACAACAUGGGCAAGGUCUACUCCGGUCUCUACGAGGUCAACGGACACGUCGUUCCCUACCUCGUCGUCGCUAAGGUCGGCAAGCCCUCUGAGCGCUCGAGGCCGGGUAACCGCGGCAAACGUGACUCUCAGAUCUUGCUCAUGAGGUUCUUCAACCGCGUGCAUUUCAAUGCGCCCAUGAGCCCGUUGGAAUUGGAGAUGUACCACCAGAUCAAGAACGUCAUUGGUGUUAACCCGACGUUCUAUGAGUAUAUCUUCACGGUGGAUGCCGAUACGACUGUCGCUCCCUUGUCGCUCAACCGGCUUAUCUCGGCUAUGAUCCACGACAAGCGCGUUAUCGGAGUUUGUGGCGAGACGUCGUUGGCCAACGCGAAGCAAUCUAUCACGACGAUGAUGCAGGUCUACGAGUACUUCAUCUCUCACCACCUCGCCAAGGCCUUCGAAUCGCUUUUCGGAUCUGUCACUUGCUUGCCCGGUUGUUUCACGCUCUACCGCCUCCGCACCCCCGACACGCACAAGCCCGUCCUGGUCUCUACCCAGUUGGUCGACGAUUAUGCCGAGAACCGUGUGGACACGUUGCACAUGAAGAACUUGCUGCAUCUCGGUGAAGAUCGAUACCUCACGACGUUGCUCCUCAAGCACUUCCCGCUGUACAAGACGCAGUUCGUCCGCGACGCACACGCGUACACUGUCGCUCCGGACGACUGGAAGGUCUUGCUCUCUCAGAGGCGUCGUUGGAUCAACUCGACGGUGCACAACCUCGCGGAGCUUAUCUUUUUGGACAAGCUGUGCGGUUUUUGUUGCUUCUCGAUGCGCUUCGUCGUUAUGAUUGAUUUGGUGUCGACCAUCAUCCAACCGGUCUCUGUCGGAUAUAUCGCAUACAUCAUCUAUCUCGCAGCAUCAGGCGAUCAGAUCCAGACGGUAUCCAUUGUGCUCAUCGUUGCAGUCUACGGUCUCCAAGCGCUAGUGUUCGUGCUCCGGCGCAAAUGGGACAUGAUCGGAUGGAUGAUAUUCUACAUCCUGGCCAUCCCCAUCAUGUCGCUCGCCAUCCCGCUCUACUCGUUCUGGAAGAUGGACGACUUCUCGUGGGGUCAGACGCGUAUUGUGCUCGGUGAAGCCGGCAAGAAGCUCAUUGUGCACGACGAGGGCAAGUUCGACCCAAGGUCUAUCCCGCUCAAGAGCUGGAACGACUACGAAAACGAACUUUGGGACAAGGAGAGCAACCACUCGAUUGGCUCAUGGGUACCGCCUACGAAGCUCAAGAAUGACGGCUACGCCCAGUCUGCUACCGCUUCGCUCUACGGCCGCGAGACGUACUACGACCCACACCCACAACAGCAGCGCUCGUUCUCGCCUUCGCCUUCCAUGCUUGGCUACGGUCAUCCUGCCGCCGCGUAUGGUCAACCGCCAGGCUACCAGUCCGGACGCGGUACACCAACGGGUGGCUACGCGCAGAACCCCUUCGGCGCCGGCGCACAAAGCGUGUAUGGUGGGCAGAGCAUGUACGGCGGUGUGGCUCAGCCCACGCCUUCCCGCCCUGCGACGAACUACCUCGGCGACGUGCAGAUCCCGAUGACGGGCAGCCCCGAUGGGAUGCACGGCGGCGGGCCUAGUGACGCCGAACUCGAGCAUGGCGUGCGUGCGAUCCUGGCAGAGGCGGAUCUGAAUACGAUCACGAAGAGGGAGAUCAGGAGGAGACUUGAGGAGCGGUUCGGGACGAAUUUGGAUGGACGCAAGGCGGUCAUCAAUGCGGCUAUUGACCGUGGGCUGCUUGAGCACGCCUAA